UGGUUGCCGUGUGGAAGUGCAUGGACGCCAUCGACUCGUUCCUCAUCCCCGACGUGUUCAGCAUCGUGCAAAAAAUACGUGAUCAACGCGCCCAGGCCGUCAACAAGCCGGAGCUGUAUGAAUACAUCUACGAAUGCGCUGCCCUGUACAAGAAAGAGAGAGAGUCACUCAACGCGAGUAACCCUUACGACUUUUACGACGCGGGACUUCAAAGCUCAAGAACAUGAACAUGCAGCAGAAAAAUGAUUUAUGAAGGAUAAACUGACGUAUAUAUUUAGUAGUUUUUUUGCACAUUACUAUAAUUGCAUGAUGCUAUAUUGCAUGCAAGUAUCUUCAUUAAAGAAUCGGAAAGGCGCAAUCGGAAUAUCUGGUUGAAUCCCGAUUACAAAUAAUUUUGCAUUUUCGACUACGUUUGCUAAAAUGAAGUGAGUUUUUUUUAACAUUUUAGCUGAUCGGUUUUGAUAAGUAUCUAUAAGAAUGAAAUAUGAUAAGCAGAAAAAGUAUGAUAUGAAUAAAAUAUUUUCUGAUUUUUAUAACCGAGUAACUCGCCAUAAGAAAUUGAAAUCGAAAAUUUGUUAAGUUAAGUUUUAAUAUUGCCGUCAUGUGGGUGAACAUGGCCUGCAAGUUGGUGUGAAAUAGUUUGUAUAAAUAUAUAGCAGUAAAAAUCCUCGUUGCUUAGUUAUAUAUCGGACGAGAGGUUUACGGUAUUAUACUAACGCUUCAUUUAUAUGCUUAAAUGGCUUUAGCUUUUUGUGCAUAUAUUCAAUUUAUAAAACUCUAAUUUUCUGGAGGUUUCCCACCGAUCGAGAAUCACGGUAUUAACUAAAUUUUUAACAAAUAUAACAUAUUUUCGUUAAAAACUAUCCACUAACGUAUGUAGCUAAAGUAAUAUCAAGUAUUUUUAAUUCAUGGUCGAAUUUUUGUUUUGUUUUAAAGGUUGAAAUUUUUUUAACACCUUUUUAUAGUUGAUUUUAAUGGUGGUAUUGUUCAUUAUAUUUAGUGACAAAUUUUAUAAUAUUAUAACGAUAUGUAGAAGAAGGCCGUGUUUUUAUAAUUACCAAGAUGGGAGCAGUGAGUUGCAAUUCCGAUAUACAUAUUCGCCAGCUGUGAAAAUUCUGCGAUGUUUACAAUCGGUGACUGCCAAAAGGCACUCCUUAAUCUUCAACCCUUCUACCAAUACAAAUCACAAUAUGAUAUGUCGUAUAUUAUACAUGGUAUAAGAAAUCAAAUUUUUUUCAUAGGAAUGCAAAAAAAUAAAUCUGUAAAAAUUUGUAGGGACGAGGUUCUGAUAUAAUCCUGCUUCGUUUUUAGGAAGGUAAAACAUUUCAUGUUGACUGAAGAAUGAUCCCGUGGAUGGAACAAUACCCGGUUAAAGUGCAAUAUUGAAUCACAUCAAUACAUCAACAUACAGUAUCAAGAAUAGAAUGGGAACCUACAGUACGCCGAUUGAGAAUUUGAACAUAUAUCGGAAAUAAUUUGAUUAGUUUUAACCACAUUGCUUGAGUUCAUCUCAGAAAGUGUGUGAUAAAAAAUUUACCGUGAUAUCCAUUUUCAAAAAGCUAAACUGAUUCAGUAUUUGAGACAGUUGACUCAGUUUUGAGUUGAGGAAACAUCUUUGGAAUUGUACUGGAAAACCAGAUUUCGGCUUACUACUCUUCACAAGGAGGUGAAGUUAAAAUAUAAAUUACUUUAAGGAUAGGCGGAGGCCAGCUUAUGAUUGCAUCUAGGAUAUAUUUUAUAUUGUCAUAUUUCAUUUGGGACGUACUUCUACAUAUAUGAUUACUGAACAAUCACGGAAAGUUAUAAUAUCAGAAUUUUUAAUAGAAUAUUUUGAUCAAAUAAAUAUAUAUAGACAUAUUCACGAAAAUCGUCGAAGCAGCAAGCAGAUUCUGUAACUAGAUACAAAAAUUUGUAUUGAAAAUUAACAAAGACCUGGGCGUCGGUUACAGGAAUUAAUGGCGUGACAUAUACGAAGUGGAGUCAGUGGAUCGAGCCGUUGUGACAAUUAUAUCACAAUACGUUAAAGCAUGGAAUAUGGAGGAAUAUUGUUUUAUCGUGAUGCUGUCAUCACUAUACUUGUAGUGACACGUUGCAGAAACAGUUUGAUGUUACAGUUGAUGUUAAAGCAACAGUUUGAUGUUACGAUAUAUAUGGAUAUGGACGAUAUGGACAAACAACAACCAUGAAUAUUUUCAAAUUUUCUAAAUGUAAUGCUGCUCGUAUUUAACAUUAACAGCAUUAUUGUCCUUCUUUAAGGAAAAUAAUGAUGCUCAAUUGUCCUUUGAUGCUUUAAAUAAACGCACGUGAUUGAUUUAUGCUGACAAUAAUCUUGUGUUUUAUCGUCAGCAUUUCGGCAUUUGUUUCGAGUUGGUCUUUUGUUUGAGUUCCACCUAGGAAUCCUUUCUAUAUA